AUGGAAUUUACUAUACAAUAUUAUUGUUUGAUUGUUGUUUUCCGUCAAUGGGAUACAAAUAUACGAAUAUUUUCUAGUACUGGAAUACUCGUAACAAUUUCAUCAAACGAAUAUAAUGACACAAGAAACAAGUUAAUACUCGAUAGAUUUUGUUUUGAUAUAAUACCUCGAAUUCAAUACAAUAUUGAAUGUCUUACUCUUAAUCCAUUGUCAAUUGAUCAUGUUCUUUACAUUGGAAAUAAUCCUAAACUUCAUAAACUUAUUCUUGUUAAUCUUCAACUUGAAAUGGGAUCUCGUAUUUUCAAUGGGAAGUCAUCAUUUAUUCACAUCUUUAAACAUCAGAUUUUACAUCUUAUUGUUACAAUUAAUGAUGACAACACAGAUCAAUAUAUAAGCAAAUUAUCCACAAAUGUUUUCAUCACUAUUUUUACAAUGUUUACAAAUUUAACUUAUUUUCAUGUUGGUUUAAAGGACAUUUGCCACUAUCCACCAACAUCAUUUAUUGAUUUUCUAUCUCCAACAUGUUAUCCAUCAAAUCUUAUUCAUUUGAAUGUUGGAGUGCGCAAUUUAAACGAUUGUCUUUGUUUACUUGAUGGACGUCUUUGUCAAUUACAAACAUUUAUUGUUGAAAUUGAUUACAUUUGUAAUGCAUCAAUAAUUAUCAAUAAUACGGGAAAAUAUUUAAAAUUAAAGGAAAAAUAA